AGCUGGUGAAAACCACCCCCGAACCCCCACCGGUGCUCCCGACCACCACCCCGGAGCCCACUGGCUUCCAGCCCCGGAUCCUGCGGAGGCUGGCGGCCGGCCCCACGCCUUGUGAAGGGGACAUCGAGGUGUUCCACAAGGGCCGGUGGCAGGUACUGUGUGACAACCGGGAGCAGCAAGCCAAGUGGGGCACGCAGCUGUGCCAGGAGCUGCGGUGUGGGAACCUCUCCUCCAGUGCCGAGGUUCGGGACCCUCCUUCCAUGGGUGUCACCUGUGCAGUCCCCACCCUGCAUCUCUGCCCCGACAACUUCGUGGCUCCCCGGACCUGCUCCAGGACCAGAGUUGUGUUCUCCUUCCACCGCAACAGCACCGUCACCCUGAGGCCGCGGGUGGAUGGGCAGCAGGCACAGGGUGGGGACAACGACUACGCUCAGCCACCUCAGAAGAGCUCCUACCUCUUGGCUUACCCAGCCCUGCAAGGUGCGUGCAGAGCUUCCAACCCUCCGGACAAUUCUUCCGACAGCGACUACGACCUGAACUCUGCCCGCAGAGUGUGA